GUCACCACGUUGAUAAUUAGGCUACAGUUGUAGCUACAGAUUAUUGUUAUUGAAUAAUCUUUGAAUCUCAGAAUCUUAAAACAAGCUGAUAAAGGAAAUACAUAUAUGUCAUUUUUCUUUUUCUUUCAAUAAUUAUUAUUAGUAGUACUAGUUUUAUGUGAAAGUUCACAUUAGCAGCCAUCUGUCCAGCUAUGCCAUAUUUCUGCAGGGUGGCAACAGAUGUAUUAAACCCACAAGGCAUCUAAAAGAUUUUUUUUAUCCACAGCAAUCAUUGGAAGCCCUGAGCAACUGAGAACAUGGGAGACUGGGGAUUUCUCUCGGCUUUACUGGAAAAGGUGCAGUCGCACUCCACUGUGAUCGGCAAAAUAUGGAUGACCGUCCUCUUCCUCUUCAGAAUCAUGGUUUUGGGAGCCGGAGCAGAGAGUGUUUGGGGUGAUGAGAGAUCUCACUUAGUAUGCAACACUCAAACACCUGGUUGCGAGAAUGUGUGCUACGACUGGAAGUUCCCCAUUUCACAUAUUCGUUUCUGGGUGAUGCAGAUCAUUUUCAUAUCUACUCCAACUUUGGUGUAUCUGGGCCAUGCAGUGCACGUUAUUCAUCAAGAGAACAAAUUGAGAGAGGAGCUGAAAAGGAACCCAGUUGCAAAGUCACCGAAAUACUCAAAUGAAAAGGGCAAAAUCAUUAUUAAAGGCAGCGUGCUGGGUAGCUACUUGACUCAACUGUUUUUUAAGAUCCUAUUAGAAGUUGCUUUUAUCGUUGGACAGUAUUAUCUGUAUGGAUUACUCAUGCAGCAUAAGUUCCACUGUGACCAAAAACCCUGUACAUUUGUGACCGAGUGUUUCAUGUCUAGACCCACUGAGAAAAACAUCUUCAUGGUUUUCAUGCUGGUUGUAGCAUGUGUGUCUCUGGCUUUAAAUGUUCUAGAAAUAUUCUAUUUGCUUUGUAAGAGGAUAACUAGGAAAAAACACAAAAAGAGAGAGAUAAUGUAUACUCACGAUUCCAGAUAUCCUUUGCCACUUCCUUUAGAACUAGAACCUGUUAAUGGCAUGAGACACAAUGAGCUAAACAUGGCCCUUCAAACAGGUGGGACCAAAGCAUAGUUGGUCUUGAUGGGGCCAGACCUCAGCUUUAGAUUCUGUCAAUGUACUAGUAAGGUUUUAGCAUGCAUGUCAAUAAGUAAUUGGAAAAUACAUACUUCCAAUGUAAUCAACAAUAUCAUUCAAAUCAAUGUUAAACUUAGCCUAUGUGGAAAUUCACUUUAUAUUAUUGUACACUAGAUGGUGCUGUAAUAUUUAUCAAUUUGCACACAGGCUGACUCUCCUGUCAUUACAAGGCCAGUGAUUUCUUUUUCUCUCUGUCAUGCCA